CUGGACUGGAGCCCUUCAGACAAAGACCUGGAACAGUGUGCCAUGAAAGGAAAGGAAAUGGCCGACUGUCCUAAUUUCAUCCGUGUGCUGCAGUUCUUGAACGCUACUCACAUAUACGCCUGCGGAACCUUUGCCUACAGCCCCCGCUGCUCCUACAUUACCUCUGAGACGUUGAUGAUGAGCAUGAAGCCCGAUGAAGGCCGGGGUCGCUGCCCCUACGAUCCCUACCAACGCAACACCGCCAUCAUCGUAGACGGAGAGCUGUACACCGGCACCGUGGCAGACUACAGGGGGAACCGGCCCCUCAUCUCCAGACACCUGAGUGAGGGCCGGAGGGUGGACCUGAAGCUGGAUGACACGCUGGGCUGGCUGGAGGACCCGACCUUCAUCAGCUCCAGCUUCAUCCCUGAAGAGGAGAAGAUCUACUUCUUCUUCAGUGAGGUGGGCAGAGAGUACGACUUCAUCGACAAGUUCAUCGUUUCUCGCGUGUCUCAGAUCUGCAUGAGUGAUGUGGGGGGUCAGCGGACCCUGCAGAGACGCUGGACCACGUUUGCCAAAGCUCAGCUGCUGUGCCAGGCCGACAACGAGCUGCCCUACAACGUGCUCCAGGACAUAGACAGCCUCCCCCCAGCAGAGGGCGCUCCGGCAGACGAAACUCUGUUUUACGGCAUCUUCACCUCCCAGUGGUCAGUGGGCUGGACAUCCAUACAGUCCUUUCACAUGUUCAGAACCUGACUUUUCUUUACAUAA